ACAUACGUCAGAUGGUACGUAGGGCAGACAGCCAUCACACACAGCUAGUAGUUAUAGAGACAUUAGGACCAGAGUUUUAUUUUAGUAUUUUCAACCACGAAUCAUGUAAAUCUCAGAGUGAACGUUUCUAAUUGGCUUUUAUUAUCCAUAGUGCCUCUAUCAUCAUGGCUUGUACCUUAUCAGGCGAACCCCGGUCUUCGGGGCCCGGUGAAGAGCAUCCAGAGUCUGGGUAUGAGGCCCGGGCGCCCUCACGACCCCAUCCGCCUGUGCAGCACCUUCAGCCGGCGUGCGCUGGCGCUGGCGCCGCGGUCAUGGUCGAGGCGCUGGAUGAUGCAGAGGGGCUGUUUGUUGCCGUGGAGAGAUGUCCGCUUUGCAACACCGCCAGACGCAGACUGACCUGCGCCCGGUGCAUUCAGAACGGGGAUUUCGUAUAUUUUGAUGGAAGAAAUCCGGAGAGGUAUUCAGAAAAGCUUGAAAGACUCCAGAAGCUGAAGAAUGAAAAGGAGAAUCUUCAACAGAGGUAUGAUAUCAACACGUGGUGCACAAUCCAACAUUUUGCACUGUUAUUACUCAAGUCUGAAUUUUCCUUUUGUUUCAGUGUCAUCAGAGCCAUGGACAAGAAAGUUGAGGCAGACCAGCUUAAGUGGAAAAUCAUGUCAUGCAGGAUGAAGAUCCAACAACUCAAAGAAGCCAUCUGCACUAGCAAUGAAGAAGUCAAGAGUGGCAAGGAGCUGUUGUUGCGUUCCCAGGAGGAAGGUCAGCGGCUGCAGCGCAGGGCCAGCCGACAUCAGGAAAAGAGGGACAAAAUUAAGCGGCACAACCAACGUCUGGGCGAGCUCCUAGAGAAGAGAUCCAAAGAGCUGCAGGGGAGGCUGGGUGCCCUGGCUGAGGUGCGGAGAGAGCACAUCCUGGAGCUCACCACUCACAUCUUCAACAUCCAGGAGGAGAAGCAUGGCAGCAGGGACCCAGCGGAUCCAGCCGUGGCUGAGUAUGACCUUGCUCUGACCUCCAGCACCGUCAGUGAACUCGCAGAGGCGAGGCGAACCACCUAUCAUUCAGGCCGCUGGAUCUGGGACGAUCAGAACGGAGAGACAAGCAUCAGUAUCACUGGGCCACAUGUCACACUUCCCAGUAAUGGAGACUGCUCAGCCUAUUACAGCUGGGUGGAGGAGAAGAGUGGAAACCAGGGGCCAGAGUUGGACCACAUCAACCCGGCGCACACCAUCAGUGCCGCCCUCUGUUAUGCCACACAGCUCGUCAAUAUCCUGUCUCAUAUUCUGGAUGUCAACCUUCCAAAAAAGUUGUGCAACAGUGAGUUCUGCGGAGAUAAUCUGACUCGCUACCGAUUCACCCGUGCCGUAAACAAGCUCAACACCAACAUCCUGCACCUCUGCUUCUCACAGCAUGUUGACAGCGAGCUGCUUCAUCCUCACCACACUUUGAGGAAUAUCAUGUUUCUAGUGUCUCCAGCAAACAAGAACCUUGGCAGAACGGGGCCGUUCGAGGUGAGUGCUGACUUGGAAGACUCAAUGGAGUUUGUGGAACCAGAGGAGGCUGGACCAGUGGAGGAGAGCGGAGACGAGGUAGUGACGGAUGAAGAAACAGACUUGGGCACAGAUUGGGAGACUGUUCCAAGCCCUCGCUUCUGUGACAUCCCCUCCCAGCCUAUGGAUCUUUCCCAGAGCGGCAUGCAAGCGUCCCAGCCAGUUGGCAACGCAGGGGGCAUGAUCUCCUCCGCGGCCGCAUCCGUCACGUCCUGGUUUCGCGCCUACACCGGGCAGCGCUGAGAUCUGGUGGAUGUGGGGGUGGUUAGAACUAUGCAAACACCCUAUUACUGUCACCCACAUUACUUGUCAACUUGCCUGUGGGGGGAAAAAAAGGGAAGUUUUCAUCUGGCUGCUCGUACUGAAUAAAGUAGAAACCAGAGUGAAUCAUGUAUUCCUCAGAAACAACUUUUUUGUGUGGGUUUCUUGCAGGAUGGAAGAGUGUAGUGAACUACUUCUACUUUUUUGAUCUUUUGUAGCUCACAUUAUACUGUAGACACCAGUCAACUUUAUUCAGUGUACAUUGCCAAAUAUUUUUGUGAAUCGGUGAAAAACUUGUACUUUCAAAGCAUCGUUGGACAUGGACUUGACUGUGCUUUUAGAGUUUUGAAUGAUGAACGCACGUUCUCACCAGCUCUUCAAAGAACCUUACCGUAUAAAUGUUGCUGGACUUGUCUGAGAGUGGCAAAUAUUAUUGGUUUCUUGUUUUAUUAGAUUAUACAUUCACAAGAGGAAUUGUAUUUUAUGAAUUUAUAAGCUUUUUUUGCCCUCUUUACAUUUUCUGAAACACUGCAAGCUGCAAUGGGCAUACAUAUACAGCAUUGGUACUAUUCAGUGCUCUUAGGAUUUAUGUACAGGUUUAUUUUUUUUCACCACCUUUAGUUGUUGAAAGAAAAGAAAUGCAUAUUUACUCGGUUUCAUUUGAGAAAAAAAAAUGUGUUUGUAUUAGCAGACACCCUUCAUUAUUAAAUUGAAUACCUCUCUGAAA